CCGAAAGGUGACUCAUCACCAGAAGUAAUAAUUGAAUUGGAACAAUUAAGAACAAGAAUUGAAGAAUUAGAAGAAGGAUGGGUAACUAUACAAAAUCGAUACAAAUACUGGAUUAGUCAACAAGCUACAACAUGGCAAGUUGCUGACGAAGAUUGUAAAUCUAGGAACGCACGAUUAAUUGCAAAAAUUAUUCGGGACUCGUCAACACAGAAAACAAUAUUUGAUGCAGUACGGGCAUCAAGACUUCGCCUCUGGGUAGGCUUAAAUGAUAUUCAAAAUGAAGGAAGUUUUAUCUGGUCUGAUGGGGUGACGUCAACAAAAUCCAACACUCCUUGGAGAGCCAGAGAACCUAAUAAUUACGGAAAUCAAGACUGCGGGACGAUCCAAUACGAUUGGCCGACAGACCUCGACGACACGUCAUGUUCAGGAAUUUACAGAUAUAUAUGCGAGAGAGACAUGGCCUGAAAGAUACAUGAAUAACUAUUGUGCAGACAUUUUAUAAGAUGAAAUUGUUUUAGUUGUAUACAAACCAUAGAGUAUAUCAUUCUAAUUGUUUGUAAAAUAUAUAUUAUAAUUAUGAAUACCAACAUUUUGGAGUUAAUUUCUAACAGCCAUCAAUAAAAGUCACGAAACCAACAGAUCGGGUCAGUUUAUUGUAUUUUAUAUGUUAGUUAUACUAAUUGAUCAUUUAUUUUCCAGUUUACACGUGCUUUAACCAUAGUAUUUUUUCACUACGGCGAUUUGAAUUUCAAGUUUACACUGGAAAUUGAACAAAUUUUCAUAAAGAAAUAACCGAAAAUCGUACCAAAUACCAUCUCCAAUUGUAUGAUUGGCAAGUUGUUCUAAUAAACAACAACCAAGAUCGCGUACAAAUGUUUUACUUCUAUUACCCGCUACAGCUCUGAGGAUAUGCAUUAUAAUUUUAGUUUGUACACGUAACAUUGACUGCUUUUUAUUAUUUAAAAAGUUAAAUUGAAUCUAUUGCUCCGUUACACCCAUAGACGCAAUAGGUUGGUGGGUAAGCGUGCACCAACUCAUAAUUGCAGGGUUUGCGUAAUAGUAAUCUAGUCGGUUAC